AUUAUCAAGCGUUUUGAUCAUCUCCAUGCCUCCGCAGGACCCACCAAUGACGCCACCGACCCACCGAGUCCAACUUACCGGCUGCGAGCGGCUCCAUCAGGCGUUGUGCGAGUGCCACCGCCGGAUCGCAGCGGGGCCGGCCAGGGACGCCGCCUGUCGCCACCUGAACCGGUCGCUGGCGGAGUGCAUGGUGGCGCUGGCGUGCCCCGCGGAGUCGGAGGCAGUCCGGAGCCUGUGCUCCAGCGGCGGCACCGCUUUGAAACGGUCGCAGUGCCAGCAAGCGCAGCUCUCUCUCGCGGUGUGCCUCUCUUCUCAUCAAUGAUACUCCGAAAACCCUAACCCUAGUUUUGUUCCGAUGUGAAUUAUCGAUCUUGCUUCGCUUGUAAUAUUCUUGUUUGAACUUUCAAUACAAUUCGAUUUUAUUUUUAUUUUUCAAAA